UUCCCGCCAGUCGGUUGAGCUCCGCGCGCUCUUGCUCCAUCAGUCCCUCGCACUUCGGGCGCGCGUAUCUUAGCGCACCGCCAGUGGCUGGAUAUUGUCACUUGGUUAGCGCCGUUUCUCCUUCGUCCCGCGUAAGACUCGUGCAAGCAACUCCCCCCACAAGAUCUUCCGAAAGACUAUCGUCAGUUGUUCCACGAGUAGUGAUAGCUGUUCCAGAAGUAGUAUAUGUUAUUUCAGGACUAUUUUCGCCUGUUGCUGGACCAGUGUUGACUGUCACAAGACAGAGUCAGACGCCCACAAUCAGUGUCGACUACCUCAGGAGAGUGUCGACUACCCCAGGAGAGUGUUGACUACCCCAGGAGAGUGUCGAAUGCUCCAGGAGAGUGUCGACUGCCACAGGAGAGUGUCGACUACCCCAGGAGAGUGUCGACUGCCACAGGAGAGUGGACUUUUUCAGGAUCAGCUACAUUCCCACUCUCUUUCGUGCCUGGCCUUUAGGCUGGGGGGUUGUCCGAAUACAAUGACCAACACGGAGAGAAGUAAAUCUUCAAAAUACAUUCGCGGCCCCGUCAGUGGUGGCUAUGGCGGGGGAGGACUAUUCCCACCAACGUGUCUGAUGGCGGUGCUCGUCCUGCAGGUGGUGCUGGCGAGGCAGGUGGCAGAGGCGUCCCUACCAACGAUGAUCAGGUCCAAGCUUGGCGACCUGUACAAACUGCGCAAGUCGCUGGAACAAGUCCCCGCACUACAGCUCGCGACCACCGCCGCACCUCCACCUCCACCUCCCCCCAACACACAGCUCAGGUCGGCGUCUGUGAGCGCUCUGAGCUCCGACGACGUGUACUCCGGGCUCUCACACCUCUUGAACAAGAACGAGCACUAUCGAGGCCUCCCCGCCAGUGGGCUCGCCGCGAGGCCGCAGGAACACCUCAACCUGUUCUCUGAGGUGAACAUGGGGAACUUUCCCGAGAACAGUGUUCACAACGAGACCGUCGAGGAUGUUCUUCCGGGCGAGGACGUUCCGGAAGAACACUGGGCGAGGAUAAAGAGUAUUCUUGGCAACAUGAAAUCCAUCCUAGAGCAGAUGUACCCGGCGGAAAACAGCAACGAAAAAGUCACAUUUUCCUUCAUCGACAAGGCUAUGGCCGUGGGGGACAAGGUGCACCUCCUGCAGCGUAUGCAGGACACAUUCGACAACGACCUGCUCGGGUUCCUGCGGAGCAAGUGGGAGAGCAUCAGAGACACCGUGGUCAACAGCCAUCCCAUCCUGCAGGUGGCGACGUCGUCCAGCACGCGGGAGCUGGGCAAGCACCUGAUGAUGGGGGCCGUGCGGCAGCUGGGCCACCUCCUCCACUCUCAGGCCUUCACUCACCUCUCCGAACUGGACUUCGUCACGGAGCUCAUGAGGUCUUCGGGCUUCAAGGACCUCGAGAUCCACGAGGUGUUCAACCUGCUGGGGCUGCCCACCGACAUCGUGGAGAAUGUCAUGCCCGAGGCCCGCCAGCUGGGCUAUAGUAGCACGGUUGAGAAAUCCGGUGGGUAUGGGCAUUCAGGCGGUGCCGGGGGCUACGGCGGCGGGCAGAUGGGCGGCUACGGCCAGAUGGGCGGAGGCUACAUGCAGAGCUUCGACCCCUUCGUGCUGCUCGCCGGGUUGGCCUUCGCCACGUUCCUCGCCUACCUCAUCUACCGCCUCCUGUCCAGCACCGCCGCCGGCCGGAGGAGGGAGGCUCCGGACAUCUCCCUGGCGCUGGAUCUCUCUGACCUUCCGGAAGUCGUCGGCAACUUGUACAACUGGCUGGAGAACACGGAGAACACUUACGCUGCUGACGAGAACACGGCUGGGCAUGAGACGAGGAGCUUCAGCCUCUCGGCCAACCAGCUGUGGACCAGCUUCCAGGUGGACCGGUUGUCUCACGCCUGCGUCAAGCGCUACAUGUGUGACUACACCUCCGCCACCACCACAGCUCUCAUGGAACCCGGCUCUGUCCUUGAGCAGCUGGCUCUAACGGGCCUGGCGCAGCUGUUCGGAGAGGAGGACAGCGCCCCGCUGGUGGACAAGAUCCAGUCCCAAGUACUCAAUGGUCGGGACGUGCACUGCGACACCAUCGCUCCCCAGUGCGACGACACGGCCUACCAGGGCGUACGCUCGCAAGUCGUACAGAUCUAGGGCAUCCGAAGAGCCCUCCUUCUCCCCCUGUAGCUGCAUGGCAGUCUAAGAGACACAGGAUGAGCGUCCUGAUGUGAAGCACUGUAGGUCUGAACCACUAGUGUUUGGAGCAUCUAAACUCGAGACUUAGGCUCCAUUUGGAGUCUCAAGUGUUUACAAAUAAGCGUACAUCGUUCUUCACUCAAGACGGCGUCCUCGUCUACCCUGUCGUGGUCUUUCCCUUCGUCCUGCUCCUGCUACUGGCAAAGAAGCCAAGGGAGAAGGGGGGCGCGCCCCUCACUGUGCCUACUGAAGCAGGGUUCAGCGACACGCUUGUCAUAUAGCCUCAACUCGCACUAAUUCUGCCCUCUUCCACGACUAGACGCUGUGCGCUCUCCUCUCCUCACAUCCCCCCUUUGUUUUGUCGCUUAUGUUAAACAUGCGAACUAGUCUUUGCCUGAAUGGCGGACUGAGGCUCAUCGUCCGCCGACGAUCACAGCUCCGAACCUCUGCUCAGUCGGUGUGAAGUUAGUGAGUGUCUCAGACCGCAGUUCUCACGGUUGUGCUGUAAAUAAGAGUCAUUUCUAUACAUCAUUUAGAUUUUCCUUGUCUGCCUGUGUCCCCCCUCCUCUGUCUCUCUCUCUCUCUCUCUCUCUCCUCCUUAUCUCUUUACCUA